AUGCUAGCUUCCACCACAACGACCAUGCUCCGUGCGGGCGCUGGUCGCUCCGCAGGCGCUCUGCAGCCUGCCCUCCUGCGCAGCGUUACCUGCCCGUACGCCGCCGGGUUAACCGUAUCCCCGUUCUCGAUGACCACCCCCGCUCCGAAGCAACCACAGACCCGCCCGCUCUCGACCAGGCCGACGCCCUCCUCCCUCAUCAAGUACCGAGUCGCCCAACCACCGCGCCGCAACUCCUCCAGCCACCGCCAGCCAUCCCAGCCGGCCGCGACCCAGGACGCCGCAGCCGACGCCAGCGCCGCGGAAACAGCCGCCAAGGCCGCGGCGACGGCGCACCCGGAGCAGGCGGUGCUCGACUGGAACACCUUCUUCCAGCUGCGCAAGGCGCGGCGGAGAUGGCAGUCCGGGUUCAGCGUGGUGGGCGCGCUGGGGAGCGGGUCGGCGGGGGCGCUGGUGCUCAGCUCGGGCAUGGCCGACAGCGUGGUGAGCCGGAUCCCGCUGGACCCCCUCAUCACCCUCGGGCUCAUGACCAUGAGCUCCGCGGCGCUCGGCUGGCUGGUCGGGCCUAGCCUCGGCUCGGGCGUCUUCAACAUGCUCAAGAGCAAGUACAAGGGUCCCAUGGCGGUUAAGGAGAGCGAGUUCUUCGCGCGCAUCAAGAAGCAUCGCGUUGAUCCGAGUGCGAGCUCGGUGCGGAAUCCUGUACCCGACUUUUACGGCGAAAAGAUCUCGAGCGUGGCUGGCUACAGGCAGUGGUUGAGGGACCAGAGGUCAUUCAACAAGAAAAAGGGAGGGUCGUUCGUAUGA